AUGGGCGGCACCACCUCGCGCCUGCACGACUCCCUCGGAGCCGUUCCCCCGCCGCCCGCGCCGUCGAUGCCGCGUCUCAGCGACGCGAGCGCGGUGGGUUCCGCGGGCCCGACUCCGCGCGCGAGCGCGAACCUCUCCGGCGGCGGCGUUACCGCCCCCGCGCAGAUCCCGUCGGCUCACGGCCGGAGCAGCCUGGACUCGGUCGGGGGUUCAAGCACGCAGAGCGAGCAGAGCGAGUUCUCGAAGAGCUGGGAGCGUCAGAGGGACCUGACGCGAGACAGGUUGCAGGAGCGCCUGUACUGA